AUGAGAAUCGCUCGAUUGAACUCUCGACGCGACGAAUCCGUCAAUCAAAUCCGUAAUUUGCAAAUUUUAGAUGUGGAUUACAUAACGGGCGACAAUUUCUUCGAUAUGCUCGAUAAUGGCGCGAUCGUGUGCCGACUGGCAAGGGUCAUCCAGGAAAAAGCGAGGUCUGCGAUAGACGCCGGACGGGCGAAAGGACUGAUGCCGGUAAUACGAGGCCGCUGUUGGGAGAAUGCCGCGCGUCGCAGCUUCUUCUCUCGCGAUAACAUGGAGAACUUCAUACAAUUCUGCCGGCGGCUAGGCGUCCACGAGAAUCUUCUUUUCGAAAGCGAUGAUCUCGUCCUACACGGCCAACCACGCAAUGUGGUAUUGUGUUUGCUGGAAGUCGCGCGACUGGCGGCUCAGAGAUACUCUUUGGAACCCCCUGGGUUAGUGCAACUUGAGAGGGAGAUCGCGGCAGAGCAGGAAAGGGACCUCCACUGUUUGUCUGAUAGUGGCAUAUCUCACAGUAGUCUUGUGUCCUGGCAGUUCCAAUCGCCGUCGCCGACAGCGACACCCAGAACCCCGCUGGAGAAGAUUAAACACAGCAG